AAAACAUGGUAUAAAUUCUGUCUUUCUAAACCGAAAGUAAGUUAUGUCUAAAGAGCCGUAUUCUGUAAUACACUGGUUUCGAAGAGGUCUGAGACUCCACGACAACGCAGCUUUGCUAGAAGCUCUCAAACCCAUCAAUGAUGGAGACAGAUUCAUUUUGAGACCAGUUUAUAUAAUAGAUCCCUGGUAUAAAGCAAAUGUGAAGUGUGGACAAAAUAGAACACGAUUUCUGCUUCAAUCCUUGCAAGACUUGGACAACUCACUUCGUAAAUUAGGAUCAUCCUUAUACGUUGCAAGAGGGGAUCCUGUUGAAGUUUUCGAAAAACUAUUCACUAAAUGGGAAGUUAAAAAGAUAACCUGGGAAGUAAACACGGAACCCUAUGCGCGCGAAAGAGACAGAAAAGUAUCUUCAGUGGCCAAAAUGCUUAAAGUAAAGGUUACCGAGUGCGAUGGACAUACAUUGUAUAACCUGGAUUUCUUGUUGUCGAAAAAUAACGGAAACGUUCCUCUAACGCAACAGAAAUUCACAUCGCUUGUAACUUCAAUUGGACAUCCCGCCAAGCCGCAAAAAGCUCCCGAAUGUCUGAAAAAAUUUGCACCUUCAUCUGAAGUUGAAAAAGAGCUCGAGUUACCUUCCCAUGAUGAGUUUUAUUUAGAUGAGUCUGCAAGUGGAAAAUGUUUGUUUCCAGGCGGAGAAACUGAAGCCUUGAAGAGACUUGAAGAGAAAAUCUGUUUCGAAAACGCAAAAUGGGUUAGAGAGUUUGAGAAACCGUUAACAUCACCGAACUCUCUUGAACCUUCGACGACGGUACUUAGUCCUUAUGUAACGCACGGGUGCUUGUCAUCAAGGACAUUUUAUUGGAAACUUUUCGAUGUCUAUGAAGGUGCGAAGCAUUCGAAACCUCCAGUAUCACUGAAAGGUCAGCUAUUUUGGAGAGAGUUCUUCUACACAGUAGGAGCUCAUACUGAAAACUUCGACAAAAUGGUAGGGAACAAAAUAUGCCGACAAAUUCCAUGGGAAAGUAAUGAGGAAAAGUUAAACGCUUGGAAAAACUCUCAAACAGGAUUCCCGUUUAUUGAUGCAGUGAUGACGCAAUUAAGAGAAGAAGGUUGGAUUCAUCAUUUAGCCAGACAUAGUGUGGCUUGUUUUCUGACACGAGGCGACUUCUGGCAGUCGUGGGAAAAGGGAAAAGAGGUUUUCGAAGAGUACCUUUUGGACCAUGACUGGAGUCUAAACGCUGGAAACUGGAUGUGGAUGUCGGCUAGUGCGUUUUUUCACCAUUAUUACCGAGUUUAUAGUCCAGUUGCAUUCGGAAAAAAGACAGAUCCAACUGGUGCCUACAUACGGAAAUACUUACCCCAGCUUGAAAAAUUCCCAAAUGAGUUUAUUUACGAACCCUGGAAGGCGCCGUUGUCAGUGCAAAAAGAUUUGGGGGUAAUUAUUGGAGUUGACUACCCAAAACCAAUAGUAGAUCAUGGAACAGCUUCGAAACAAAACAUUACAAAAAUGAAAGCAGCUUUUGCAGCUGCGAGUAAAGCGAAGGCCCAAAACGAUGCCGAUUUUUCGCCGCCUUCAAAGAAGAAAUCGAAGUUACUCGAGUGAGGCGAAAAAUGGAGCGCGUCAGUUAAUCAGAUUCGACAUUGACAGUGGGAGUUGCCACCAACGUGCUACAAUCGGGCGGGCGGAUUAUACAAUCAGUUGAGGGCUGGAUUAGCAACUUCAUUAAGCUGGUAAACUCAAAGCACCAAUCAUUUCAAAAGUUCAUUGAAAGAGUUUAGGAUGAACAGCCGAUCUCCUGAUUUAAAAAGAAUGCCCCGUUAUAAAAUCUUUUUUUUUCUGUGAAAUUCGACAAAAACAUAGUUACCGUCUAGGACCCGAGUGACACACUCCAAUUUAUAAAAAGAUGCAGCUGCAAUAUGAAAUUUUCAUUAAAGCUUAAUUUAUUUUCAAGUUUUUAUUGCAAAGGAAUAAAUUUCAAUAAAUGUUUUCCAAGUUGAUUUUUUAUCUACAAUUUCUCAAAGUUGACCUAGACCUGUUUCGAAAACUCCAAAGUGAUCGAUCUAAUCAAGCGCUUCUCCGUCCUUUCCUUUAGGACCCAACCGAAUCAACACAUAUCGACUUUGCCCAAUGUUACCAGCUUUGUGGUUUGAUCUUGAAUGUAGCCAAAUUGCGAAAAUUUUGUCCGAACCGAGAUUAAAUCUUCGACCUCUAUUUAAUCUUGAA